AUGUAUAUCGAUCUCCUGGGUUUGGAAAAGAUUGGUUCCGCGUGGUGGGGUGACCUCCUGCGGUUCUUGUGCCUCACAGGCACAGUGACGCAGGCGAACUACAAGGUGGUCAGUGGCACGGAGGGGCAGAACUGCCUGAUCCUGUGUGAGUGUGACCCCAUAGCCGCCCAGCCGACGGUGGCCUGGUGCCGGAAGCAGAGCGCGGACCCCUGCCUGCUCAUUCUGAAGACCAGCACGGACGGGCAGCAGGACAGGGUCUCCAUGUCCAUCACGAAGACCAGCAGCACCCUUUUGGCCCGGGUGUCCAUCCAGCCACUGGUGGCCUCUGAUGCUGGCGAGUACUUGUGCGGCUUCUGGGGAAGGAAUGUAGACGGCGAGUUCAUUAAUGUUCAGGACAGAAUCAUCCUUCAUGUUCUCAAAGCUCAGCAAACCUCAGACAAUGCAGCCACUUCUCCUCCCUUGUUAAACUCCACUGACAAGAACGUAACAGAGCUCCAUCCCAGGGGUACAGACCUUCGCCUCGCCCUCCCCCUGGCGGUGGCCCCGGUCCUGCUGGCGGUCACAGCUGCUGGAUACUUCAAAAUCCGGAGAAGGAGGGAUUCCAGAAAAGUGGGUGCUGCAGGGCCCCAGGAUUCAGUCAGAGCAUGUGAGAUCCCUGGUGGAGGUGAGCCCGGCGUGAGGGAUCUCACCUACGCCGUUCUGACAUUUCACCCUCGCGUCUCCUCUGAAGAAGCCAGAUAUGCAAACGUCCAGCCGGGCCAGGGGCCGAAAGCCCCGGAGACAGUGGAAUACAGCUCAGUCUCCUUCCUGUCCACUGCAGGGCAAGGACAUCAGGAUGGGAAGUAGGAGAGAGUUACAGGGGCAUUCCUGGGUUUGUGGGUCAGCAAUGGAUCCAGGCAAAAGGGCUGGCAUCUUGCAUCUUAAAUGACAGCACCCACAAGAACACCAUAACCAUCUCGUGCCGGGUUGGAUCAGAGCUCCAUUACCUUAGAGGCAUCAGUGACAAAAGAGAGAUUAACAGAAAUAUUUAUUGCACUUAAAAUUAAUCAAUUAAAAUAAAUUGCCCAGUAAUAUCUUUUCUAGACGCAGGGUGUUAAUGCCUAUGUCUGCAACAGAACGUAUUGGAUCUGAAAGCACUCUGACAUGUUCAGCACACACAAUAAUUAAUCAUUUAGCAAAAACAGAUGACAGAAUCCAAAGGAAUAUCAGGACUGCUUACAAAACUUGUUUUUUCUCCAAAAAUGGACUAUACUUUCCAAGCUUGUUUUAAAUAAGUAAUAAA